AUUGUCGAAUCUUGACAUUGACUGUAAUUGCUAUUCUGAUUUUCGAACAAUAUUUGAUUUAUUAUGAUUAUAAAUUUUUUUAAAGUUCUCUUAUAUUCAAUGCUGUGAUUUGAUCAAUAAUUCUUAGUAACAUAGAAUCGAGUAACAUAGAAAACUUCAUCGUAGAAACAUUUAAGUUUGGCUUUAUUGUUAAAUUUUCACGUCUCAAAGUGUAAACAUCAAGAUGGCUACUCAAGAUCCAAAUAUACCGAUAGCUACUACAGUACCUACGAUAGCCCCAACUGCUCCAGAUGAUCUUCCACCUCCAUAUUCAGCGGUAGUGGGUAAUCCGCCAUAUGGAUUUGUGGUACCGACAGGUGCUUAUCCAGCGGGCUCUCAGUUUCCGAAGUCAUUUACUGCGCCUGGUGUAUACCCUCAUCCUCCAGCUGUGAAUAUAACCCAGCCUCAAGCAGGGGACAUGCCGUCUCCAGCAGGUAUGUCUGUGCCUGUAGGAGUGGUGAUCCCUGCGGCAGUCGGUUCUGAGCCUACUACAGUAACCUGUUACAAUUGUGGAAAGGUUGUAACUACUAGAGUAACAUACACCACGGCCUGGCACACACAUUUAGUAGCUGGAUCUGUAUGCAUUAUCACUAUGGCUUGCUCUCUAUGUUGUUUGGGUCUUGUUCCGUAUUGCUUUGAUACAUUUAAAGAUGCUGAGCAUUAUUGCCCAAACUGCAGUACAUUUAUUGGAAAGAGUAACAAAUGUUAAAAGAAUGAAGAGGAGUUGUAAGAUACCUGUUAUAUAACAGUCUGGAAGUGCAAAUAUCUAAGGUGCCAUUUUCAAACAUUGAAGGUUAAAAAAUUAAAAAGUUGCUAUUCUAUUAUUGUUGUUUAUAGCACACAAACAUAACUAUAAAAUUAGAGAACUUGUAUAAAUCAUCAUUUAUUCUUAGGAAGCUUUUGCUUUAAUCACUUUUCUAUUAAAUGAAAUAAUGGAGUAUUUUUUUAGGUCAUAUUUUAUAUAUUCCAAAAUACACUGAAUAAAUAUCAAAUACGCAUGUGUUUAAAUAUUUUCUGAUAUAAAUUCACAUGCUAUAUGGUACUAUUUUAUUAAUUUAACAAUCAGCGCUUUUUUGGUCUUAUUACAAUCACCUAGUUAUUGAUGUAUCUGAAUUUGCAUUCCAUCUAUAUGCUUAUAAAUAUAUUUGAUAUAAUGGUGAUUGGAUGAACUGUGAUAUAUAAUCAAAUUCAACAACACUUGUGUCAGAGUUGGAUAUUGUGCUAAAUACAAUACAUUAUUUGAACAUUUAUUAAA